AUGUCAAUAUGUGUUACCCUCUCACUCUCACCAUCACUCACUCUCUCUUUCUUUAAAAUCGAUUCAUUCACCAAUACAUACAUGCAUGUGAUGGUUACAACAAAUAAUAAUAACAACAAAGAGAUAAAUAAUAAUAAUAAUAUUCAAGAUUUGUUUAGAUUGGUAUUUUGUAAUACUUUUAUCAAAAGAAUAGUAUUUUAUCAUGUACAUGAUAUUAAUAGAUGGUUGACUGCUACAGCUGCCAAAGAUCAACAACCAGAGUAUCCACAUUAUGCAACUAAAAUAAAUGGAUGUGCGUCACCUCAUCUACUAUACAUCAAGUAUUUUGACUCGACCGUUUCAUCUUGCACUAGAUACGGAUCACCAAGAUUCAUCGGUGAUAUCUUGACACUAUUGGACAAUGGUCAAGACGACCCUUUCUACCAAGACGAAGCGUUUAGAUACAACAUUCAUCCAAAACAACUUCCAUUUAUCAAGAAAAGAAAUGAUGAUUUGCUCAACACCCAAUUAAAUACAUUCUUUAACAUGAAUGGACAGUUACAAGCCCAUAUUAAUCGUGUUGGUUAUGGAGAACAAUCAUUUGCUUGGGCUGUCGAAGCUCUAGCCAAGGGAUUAGAUUUGGAUCGGUUUAAACGUGUUGUCAGUCUCAUUCAACCACCCAUUAUCAAUCACAAGUAUGAUAUGGUACCAACUUGGGCAAUGUCAUCGAUGAAUUUACCAGUGGCCGAGUACCUCGUUGAAAACAAUCUCAAUUUCCGUUCAUCUCCUCAUGCAGUCUAUACCGCCAUCAAAGUAGCUGCCAAGCAUGGAUUCCAUCAAGUCGCCCACAUCCUCUUGCCACUCGUCACCAAGGGUAUACUAGAAAAGGUUUAUUAUAGUGUUGCCAAAUCCCGAAAUGUCACGUUUAUCCAACAACUAUUGAUCUUCCAUCCAACCAUUGUCGAGCUAAAUAGAUAUAAAGUUGAACACUAUCUAUUGGCAACGGGAGACAAAAGUAUUGUUGAUCAAUUCAAAAUAACACCUCCAACAUCAAAAUACAAGGAUCAAGCUGUCUAUUCAUUUAUUUCAUUGUUAAUCCAUAAACAUGGGAAACCAAAUUUACUAGUGGACAAUCAACACAUGGAAAUGGUUGAAUGGUAUUAUGGAACUUGUAUUGAACUUAUGUACAGCAUGACAUCUCAACAAUUUAUUCAACAUAGACUCAAUGAACUACAAUUCAACAUCCAACAACAACCCAAUCAAAAGAACAACAAUCUAUUGCGAUUACUUGUUAUAUUUUUGGAAUUUAAUCAAAGUAGUAUAGCUACUAGUUUUGAAUCAUUGCUCAGACUCGAUAUACCAACAGUGACAAACUCCAUCAUUGACUUUGUACCAACUAAACAGAUUAUUCAAUUUGGAACGGUUGAAAUGGUGAAAAGUUAUUUGGUAUUGGAUAAAAAUUUAAAACAAUUUACGCAAAUCUUACUCUUGUCGUUGGAAUACAAUGUAGAGAUAUUUGACUAUGCUUUAAACUUUUACAAUUCUCAUUACCAACAUAUUCCAAUUAACUUUGACUACCCAAACCAACUUCCACAAGCUCCACUAGUACAUUUUAACCAACUCUACCAAUCUGUUGAAACUCGAUUACUAUUUAUCGACAAACAAACAAAUGAGGACAAUUCAGAUUACAAUACUCUAGUUUCUCAUUUAAUGUUUAUUUUAGCACAGGCAGCUGCUAAAUUGGGUAGAUUGGAUGUCAUUGAAAAAUUCAUGUCUAUUCAUCAAUCCAAUAAUUUUUAUAAUGUAAUAUUCAUGUGUGCUGUAAAUGCGGAACAAUAUGAAAUUGCAAAAGAGAUAAAGAAUAGUAGAUACAAUGGUAGUAACACCAAAUAUAUUCUACAUUCAGAUUUUUUCUAUUUCAUUCCAAGUAUUCAUGGUUUAAAUCGUAUGCAAAGAGCUAUCGACUUUGGGCUUGAUUGUGUAGAGAAACAAGAUUACCUUUGGAAAAGAACAGUUCAACUAUCAAUCAGUAGUGCAAGACUUGAUGUUUUACAAUAUUUAGAGCAACAUGGUGUAUUGGAACACAAUGGAAUCGAUUUUUUCAAUAUUGUCACAUUGUAUCCACAUUUUUUGGCUACUUGUAUUCAACACCUACAACAUUCUUCAUUUUCAAAAGGAACACCAUGCGACCCCAAUCUCACUAGACUUAGAUUACUUUCAACUAUUCAAUGGUCUAAAAGAAAUGGAAAACAUUUCCAAAUCAUUCCAAUCAUCAAAUACUUUUUUAAAAAUGAUCAACCAUUUCUUGAUAAAUUUAAAAAUAAAAUGAAAUAA